AUGCUGUGGAUCAAGUUCUUCGAGCUCAAGGGAGUCAAGCCAGAUACAGACCUGUAUCGGUACUCGCUUGCAUCAUCCGGCGACAAAUUCUUCAAGCCCCGGAGUAAGCGGUUGAUUGAACUCCUUUUGAGCAUGCCGCUCUUUUCAACAGCCAAAAUUGCCACCGACUGGAACAAGAACCUUCCAAGUGAUCGUUUUCCUCCGCCAACAGAUAACGAGGAAAUCGGUCUGGCCAAUGCUCGUCUGGGGAACACGUAUCAGAUUACCGUCGAAGAACAGGUCUCGGACUUCUUCAAGAAAGUCAAGGUCGAGACAAAUCACACCAAAGACCACAACAGCCGCAACAAGGAGGAUAAAGGAACCGAACGCAAGGUGCAAAACAUCAUCGGUUUCGUCGUAUACGGAAAGAAUAGUACAAACGUCACAUUCGAAAAGGUCGUCGAUGGAGGGGCCACCCAUCCAACCGUUCCACACUGCUUCUGGCAGACAUACGGUAUCAAGCUCGAUUUUCCGCAAGCACCGUUGGUCGAUCAUGGCAAUACAAAUGGGCCAAUCUGGCUGCCCGUUGAACUGGCCAAAGUUGUUCCUGGGCAGCUGGUCCGCCAUCUCCUUGCUCCGCUGCAGACGGCCGCCAUAAUCAAAUUUCAGACUUGUUGA